ACAAAACAUGUCUUACAUGGUUCCCCGCCAGCAUGAAAUGAACGACUCUACUUCUUAAUCCCCUCCCUUUACUUGUUCUCUUCAAGCUACCUGGAUCUGUCAUAGGUAUUAUUCCUUCAAAAUCUUCACAAUGGUUCCCACAGUCCGCGCGCUCUUGUACAAAAAGAUCCCCACCGGAUUCCCUGUAGUAGGAGAGCAUGUGGCCGUGGAAGAUGUUCCUUUCGAUAUCUCGGCACCACCACCACCAGACGGUAUCGUCGUCCAGGUUCUCUACUCGAGUCUUGAUCCGUACAUGCGCGGACGUAUGCGACCUCCAGAAGUCGAGUCAUAUUUCCCCGCGUUCAAGACCGGAGAGCCUAUCACAACCCGUUCUCUAGUCAAGGUGCUGCAAUCGAGCAAUAGCCAGUUCAAAGAGGGUGAUUUGGUUACUGGAUUCUUCCCUAUUCAGGAAUAUGCAAAUGCUCCUGGCGAUUCGUUCCAGGCCAGAACCAUCAAGCUUCUCAGCAACCCGUUCGGCAUCGAGGAUCUCCGGGUUUUCCUGGGUGCGCUGGGUUCAUCUGGCUUAACGGCCUACUCGUCCCUGUAUGAGAUUGGAAAACCGAAGAAGGGAGAAACCAUCUUUGUCUCUUCCGCUAGCGGCGCCGUUGGACAGAUCGUGGGACAGCUUGCCAAGCACGAAGGUCUGAAGGUUAUCGGCAGCGUAGGCUCCGACGACAAGCUGAACUAUAUCCUCAAUGACCUGGGCUUCGAUGGCGGGUUCAACUAUAAGAAGGAGAAGCCACUGGAUGCUUUGAAGCGCCUGGCUCCCGAAGGUAUCGAUAUCUACUAUGAUAACGUCGGAGGCGAGCAGCUGGAAGCGGCCCUUGAUGCAUUGAACAGCUUUGGCCGCAUCGUAACAUGCGGCAUGAUAUCGCAAUAUAACCUACCACCUGAGAAACAGUAUCCGCUCAAGAAUCUCAUCCACAUCUUCCGAAAAAGACUCGAGAUGCGAGGGUUUAUCGUUUCGGAUGCAAACAUGGGUCCUAGGUGGGCAGAAGAGCAUCAGAUGAAACUAGGGCAGUGGAUAAAGGACGGUACUUUCAAGGUUCGCAUCGAUGAAACAGCAGGAAUCGACCACGGGGCCGAGGCGUUGGUUGGUAUUUUCGAAGGCAAGAAUUUCGGGAAGGCUAUUCUACGGAUCCAGAAGGUCGGUUUAUCUCCUGUUCCUUCUAGUAAUGGGGCGUACUGACUGGAUAGUGAUAUAGUAAACGCCUAAUGAGCCUGGUCAGGCGCCAAGUAGACCAGUACUCAUAUGGUCUAUGGUGACAAUGAUGACCGUAACAUGGCUAGCAUUUGGGUUUGUUCUUACGAACGCCGGACACGUUUUCUGUCGGCAAGUGCAGUCCCAUGCGGGCUUCAAGGUAUAAUGAUAAGUUAUGGAUUAUGUCUCAUGAAAUCACUUUGGUUCAAUACCUAUGUGUCGCCGAAAACUUGGUAAUCCUGUCUAUAAAGUGCAUUCUAUAGCAUAUUUACCUGUUACAGCGGAGCAACAUAUAUAUAUAUAUCCAUGCCCUACCCCCAGUAGAAUUAAAGCAGAAAACUUCUUCGCAACAACGAGGCGCACAUGCGCCCUUAUUUCGUGCUAGGAGGG